GUUGCUGCGGCCCUCGACGCCGGCAGGUGAACGGUGUCCUGGGGGGGUCCGCGCUGCUCCCCCUGGAUCUGCCCCCCGACAAGAAGGUGAAGGCGAUCGAGUGGACAUUUUCAGGUGCCGGCGGUGUCAAGAUCACAGUGGCCGAGUUCGACAACGGUAAAUUCAAGCGCCCCGACCCCCAGGAUCGAUUCAGGGGCCGGGUGGAGACGAACAAGACGGAGCUGAGGAUCGGGACCCUGGAGAGGGGCGACAGCGGCGUCUACGAGGCUCGGAUUAAACUGGAGCCGGCGACCGUGGAGACACAGCUCUUCACCCUCUCCGUCUACGAUCCGGUGCCGGAGCCGCAGGUCCAGGGGCAGCGGCUCUCCCUCACCCCCCGGGAGUGCAACCUCACCCUGCGGUGCCAGGCGCCCCCGGGCAGCAAUGCCACAGUCACCUGGCAGCUCGGCGGCUCUCUGGGGGUGCCACAGGCACAGCUCUGCGGGGACAACCAGACCCUGUGCCUGGCCCUGCCCGUCGCUGCCUUCAACUCCACCUACACCUGCCUGGCCCGGAAUCCCGCCCAGGAGAGGAGUGUCUCCGUCCACCUGGACACCCUGUGCCAGCAGCAGGACACAGGGGCCUGUCCGAGGAGACACGUGUGCCUGGUGCUGGGGGCCGUGGGCAUUUUGGCCCUGCUUGGCAUCGCCUGGAUCUGGAGGAGGAGGAGGAGGAGAAGGAGGAAGUCUGAGGGAGGUGCCCUCUCCCCCCUCUCCAGCGAGGAUCCCCCGCCGGAGCUCUUGUACUCCGAGAUCCAGAGCAGAAACUCCCUGGAGCCUCGGGAGUGG